UCCAGCUCAGUUUUCGUAUCUAACAGUUAAUCUCACAAUCUCUAUUAAAUAGUCGAAUCCCUAUUUCAUCCUCACAUUAAUCAAAAAGAGUUCUAAGAUUAUUCUUCGGUCGUAAUAUUAUAACCAGUAGCUACCAAUCUACCACAAUACGACAUGACUCAGGAGGAGCAGAAGAAAAAAGUAACAGAGCCAAAAACCGCCGUUUCAAACCCUUCACCACCGUCCUCGGAGGAGAAGACUGACGAUUCCAAAGCUCUUGUUCUCAUCGUUGCAAAAGAACCUUUGGAAGAGAAGAAAGAAGGUUCAGUUAACCGAGAUGAUGUUUUGGCUAAACUCGAGACAGAAAAGAGGAUGUCUCUCAUCAAAGCUUGGGAAGAGGCUGAGAAAUCCAAAGUGGAGAACAAAGCUCAGAAGGAGCUUUCUUCAGUUGGAGCUUGGGAAAACAGCAAGAAAGCAUCUGUGGAAGCUGAGCUAAAAAAGAUCGAGGAACAACUCAUUAAGAAGAAGGCCGAGUACGCAGAGCAAAUGAAGAACAAAAUAGCUCAAAUUCACAAAGAAGCUGAAGAGAAGAGAGCCAUGACCGAAGCUAAACGUGGGGAAGAGAUUCUCAAGGCCGAGGAAAUGGCUGCAAAGUACCGAGCCACGGGAACUGCCCCAACAAAGUUAUUUGGAUGCUUUUGAGUUAUGUGGAUUUUGAUGUUGCUUUAAUGGUUGUCACUUGUCAUUAACUUGAAAUGAAAGAAAAAAUUUCUUUGUGGUUUAUGUGGUUGGUGCUGGUUUAAUUUGGCAAGAUGGUAAG